AUGCCUUAUAUUCAGACUCAGAGCGGAUACACAUUCCACUACUUUCUGCCGUCAUUUAAGGAGACCCUGGAUCGCUCCAAGCCCACAAUUCUCCUUCUCCAUCCUCGCAUAUUCGAUCUACAUGUGCUUGAUCCACAGUUACAAUGCACGGAACUGUCAUCUAAGUAUAAUCUCCUCGGGGUCGACAUUCAUUGGCACGGAAAGACGAAGGUUCCAAUGGACGAUGAUAUCUUUGACUAUGACCGCGUAACACGCGAAUUACUCGAAGUCAUGGAUGCGCUCAAUGUGGAUAGAUUCCACAUAUUUGGCGUCCAGUUAGGGGCUAUUCUGGGGAUAAGAAUGGCCAUUGUGCAACCCAAGCGAAUCAUCUCGCUGAUGCUAUGCUCUACACCACCCCCAAAAGAGGAGGCGGAAAACGUGCAGCAAUAUAAAGUGAUGCGAGAAGUGUGUAGAAACGAUGCUGGCGAUGGUACCGACAGUAUUCCUUUGGAGAUUGUCGCAGCCGGACGGUGGAUCUACUUUGGGAAUCACAAGGACGCCGCACUCUUCCCAGAGUGGCUAAAGACAUCAAAUCUCAAAGCGUCAAACCAGCCCUAUGUCCACAAGUUUUUCAGCUCGCUGAUUUAUCGAAGACCACUUACCGACGAAGAGUGGGCGGCAGUCACUUGCCCUGUACUGUUGAUACACGGGGACGAUGAUCAUGUCUAUCCGACAGAGGCUGCACAUAAAAACCGCAAGAUGCUGUCUAAUGCGUCCGUAGAGCUGCACAUUCUCAAGGGAGCACCCAUGUUCUGCUCAUAUACACACCCGAGAGAAGUCAAUGCCCUCUGCAUCGACUUUCUUCAAAACUUGACGUAG